GAUUCACUAUUGCAGGGGGUUUUACUUCCAACUCAUCUAGUCAUUUAUUGCUUUUGGGUGCCCAGGUACGGGUAGUGUGAGUGUGAGUGUGAGUGUGAGCAGCAACCAAAUAACCGCCGCACGUAAGUAAAUAAAAGGGAACCCUCGAUUUAUUGUUUACCAUUCUUCUGCUCAACACCAACACCAACAUCAACAUCGACAUUCAACUGACACUGCGGCAUCACGAGAGUGCCACUCAGUGUCACUGUCUCAGCCGCGAAAAUGAAUACAACCAAAAGAAAAUUCAACGCCCUCCUGAAUGGCUUGGGAAGCAAAAAGUCGGAUUCCUCCCUCUCAGCAAACGAAGUAAACAAAACCCCCGAAAGGCCUCAAAAUGAUACGGAUUCCAAUAUGAAGAAGCCGCGAAUUUCGUAUUCAUCUUCAAACGCGACUCGAUUAUCUUCAUUAACUCGCGCAUCAUCUGCGACCACAUCCGAAUUCGAUAGCGCCCGUCAGAGAUUGGCGCCCGUUCAUAAACUCUCUGCGACACCCAUCUCGCCGGCAGAACCUCCUAAAUGGACCCCAUAUGAUCGCGGGGAAUUUCUCAAGAGAUUAAAGUCGUUCUCGAAUCUUACAGAUUGGACGCCAAAACCAGCAAAGGUUAAUGAAGUGGAAUGGGCCAAGAGAGGAUGGGUUUGCCAGAAGAAGGAGAGAGUUCGAUGUUGCUUCUGCAAUGUAGAGAUUUUGGUCAAAUUGAACAAGAAAGAAGAGGAUGGGAAGGAGAAGGAAGUUUACAUUGCGGAAAACAUUGAAAAUGCGUUGGUCGAUAAAUAUGUUGAACUUAUUGUCGCGUCGCACGAUGAGAGUUGUCCAUGGAGACAGAGAGGAUGCGAUGAUGUUAUAUUCAAGCUACCCCUCAAUAAACCUGCAGUUACUAUACAAACCCUUCGCGAACGUUACGAUGAACUCCAACAAAGAAGCAAUCACCUACCGUACCUCUCUAAUAUGACACCUCCUGAAGGUCUUGAUAUUGAUCGCGUUGCAAGCUAUCUUCCCCAAGAAUUUCUCCAAUCGUCUUCUGAAUCAGGGCAAAUAAACUCUACGGACAAUAUCAAUAAAGUGGCUUUAAUGAUGUCUCUUUGUGGUUGGCAAGGUCACAAACAUGAUCGACUUGGUCAUCAACUCGAAUCUGUCUCGUGUCAAACAUGUUACCGAAUUCUUGGUCUUUGGAUGUUCAAAAGUAGAUCUGUUUCUGCUACAGGCGAAGAAACUGAGCCAGCUAUUGUCCCAGGUCUCGAUCCUAUCGCUCAACAUCGCGAAUAUUGUCCUUGGCGCAAUCCGGUAUCACAAAAUGGACUUGCCGCCACGCAGAAUCAGAAAUUAAGAGCGCUUGCGGGAUGGGAAGUUGUGCUACGAGUAUUGAAGAGUGAGCAUGGGCUGAGAGUUGGUAGAGAUAAGAAUGAAAAGGGCUCAAGGAAGAGUUAUAUUGCACCUGCAACGACGGAGAGUAUCGAUGAAAAUGGUAACGAUUUAGCACCUGAUUUCGCAGAUGAGGAGGAUGCGAAGAGUAUUAGGGAUGCAAAGGAUAAGGAUUUAAUGACGAGGUUGAGAAGAGUCAAGACAUUUAUUGCAUUGAAGAAGCGACCCAGUGGAGACGUAAAAACCAAGAGGUUUAGUGCUACUUGAUUGCAGGCAUAGGAGGUAUCUUGCUGAAGGCAAAAAGUGGAGGAUUGAAUUAACGAUGUACGAUCACAAGCAGGAGAGCUUAUGGGUAUUGUUUUCAUUGCGUUGGCGUUGUAGUGGGGUUUAUUUCCUUCAUGUUUGCAUCUAGCUCAGGUCAACAGGUGUAAGGGGGUACUGGUAUGGCUGCACACGCUCGUUUUUUGGAAGGUUGGCAACCAUCCUCUGUCAGAAAGUGCACCGGUAUGGUAUGGUUUCAUCAUUUUGUUUGGGGCGGAAGGAUUGUAAUAUAUCGGAAUAUUUGCUUUGAUAAUGAGAUGGGGUAUUUGGUACAUGUGCAGUAUAAAUAAUGUUUGCAAGAUUAUGUUUCGGGUUACCGCA